AGCCGUCUCUCGAGUGGCACGUCAUUGCCUUGCGAGUUCCCGCGGAACCAAACACCAAAUCUGUGUUCACUAGUGACAAUAAUGUUUUUGUGUUAGCGUUCCAAGAUGUUUGGACUUGUUUCGAGAUCUCUUUGGAUUUAAAUGAGGGUUUGUUAAAAGACAAGAAAAAUAUGGAGACAGACAAAAUGUCCACAGCGUCAUCAGUGACGGAGAGACGGCCGUUAUUGCAGGCGCUCGUGAUCGAAAGACGAAUACUCUUCGGCUGCACUAUCUUUGUUGGCCUUUGCACUUUUGUCUGGAUUGGGGCUGUGUGCUCUGAGAAGUGGGUAGUCGUUGAUGCGCAACCAGGAAUCUACGUGUCCAACAAUGAGUGCCUACGGUGGAGUGAAUCAGGCGUAUGGAAAAUGUGCCGAUCAGUGUUCAGACCAGAUAAGCCGUUGAAUCGAUCGACGACGUCGACAACCGCUGCUCCUGUACCUGCUGCAGUUACACCUACAUCACGAGGUCUACAUAAUAGCACUACAACGCGAACGCCACCUGCAUUGAUCUGUACUUUGACUGAAGAAACUGAAAUAUUUCUCGUAUGCACAAACUACUUGUCUGCCGAGUCCGAUAAAUUGAACAAUGAUCCAGCCUUCAAGGAAGUUCCUAAUUUUGUCCGCACAAUGGUCUCGUUCGGCAUCAUUGGUUUGUUCGUAAUGGCCAUGGGUUGCGGAUUCUCCGUGUAUACCUUCAUGAACCCUCGAUACAUGUUCAAACGGUUGGCAGCGGGAAUUCAUUUCAUUACCACCUCCUGCACAUUUGUAGUGGUACAAGUGAUGAUGUCUACAGUGGACUACUUACAUAAAAAUGUCAAAGCAGUAUAUCCGCCGCAAGCCAGUCAUUACUAUCACGUCAGCUUUGUCUUCGCCUGGUUCGUAGUUCUUACUAAUUUGUUCGCUGCUGCAUCGUUCUUAUGGUAUUCCCGUAAGAGAAAGGGGGACAAGGCAGCUACAGACGAACUGGCCAUGGCUGACGAGCCAACAAUUAUAGGCCGAUGACCCGUCGGUCUUUCUUCUAAGCCACUGCGAGAUCUUCUUACUUUACUGAAUAGUGCUCAAUCGACCAAUAGCUGUAAAAAUCUUAAAGUCUUCCAAAUAGAUGCCAACAGUUCAUAGUUGAUGGCACAUUUAGUCGGGGCUUUUCCAUCUAUGUCAAGAAAACAGUUCGAAGACACGCAAUCGUUAUAAAUCCGUGACGCAUGAGCUCUAUGGAGUUUUCGUACCCACGACUGAAUACAUGAUUUUACAAUACAUACAUUUGUUAAUAAUUUCCGAUACUUACUAACUGAUUUCCGUAGCCCACAGUUUUAUCUUAUUAUCAAUAUUUUUAUGUAAACGUUGAUGGAAAGCUUUUUGAAUGAUUGUUUACAAAAUUGUAAUAAUUCAGUUCUGAUAUGUAAUUGCACUGUAUAGUAAGUAACAUUUUUAUGGUUAUCAAUGUCUUGUUAAUCUUAUAAGCGCCGAAAGAUACGUUUAUUGGCAAAUUUUUUAUGCAUCGCAAUUUCGAUUAAGUAGACGUAUUUAGAUUUUGUGUACUUGCCUCAGAUUAAGUUUAAUGAAGAAUUGUAAAAAAUAUCUCGUUUCAUAAUGUUAUUGCAAAUUUACUUAUAAUUACACUUUGUUAUUGUAUGCUCGUUACCAUAUUUUCGAUGAAUAUGAUUCUAGUCACAAGUUAUUAAGGUUUAGUUCCGUAACUGGCAUUUGUUUACUUAUUAUAAUUACAUUUGCACUGUUUAUAGCUUAAUUUUUACCUACAUUGAUGAAAUUGUUAAAAUUAAUGGAGGUAAUAAUUAAGUCAACGCUUGAAUUUAAAAUAUUCGUAGAAUCGUUUUUAGAAAAGAUAGCAUAGUUGGGACCAAAAUAAGGUCGGAAUAUCUUACAGCUUAUACUUCGUAUAUAUCUUUAAUAUGAUGUCAGAAACAAUAAACGAAGAAUACUGCAAAUAAGGUUUUGAAGAUGAUAAGGGACAGCAACACGUAGCGCCCAGGUGCAAUCGAUACCCUGCCCUCUUUUGAUAGGCACGUAGUUAUAUCUUCCCCUGUAAUCGGAAAUUCGGGUGCAAUCGGCGCAAUUGUAAAUGAUGUUGAGAAGUAAUAGCUAAGCCCCUGAGCCCGUGCGCACCGUACACCCUGCACCCCAUAUAAAGCCACUGAGAGAUGGCAAAAAUUUUCAUUACGUAAGGUUGUUCCCGACAAAAACAAAAAAGAUUGAUUACAUAUUAAGCAAAUCGAAAUAUAAAUAGACGAAGAUGCUAGAUAAUCGUGGUUUUAUUUCACCCAAGGUAAUUUCAGAUUAGUCACCUGUGCGAGAAUUCCUAAUUCACCGCAAUACAAUUUUAAGCACGAGAGACAGCAAGUUCAUUCUCUCUUUUACUUGCACAGAAAAACAUACAAAUAUCUCUAUUUUUCACUUAUUAUACUGUAUCUAAGUUUGUUUGUAUAUCUACCCAAAAUGUUAUUUAGUAACCAAUUGUAAGUCAUUAUCCAAUAAAAAUAUCAUAAAUUUACAGUCUACAGAUCAGUACUUAACUUCGUCUAUAUGUAUUAAAAUAAAAUAAAAAUAUUUACAAUAGAUUUCAGAUUUCUCAAAAAUUACUAACCUAAAAAAAU